AUGGUGUACUCUGUUAAACCAUGCAAAGCAGUUGAUAAAGCGUGCCUUAUAUCAAGCGCACAAGACGCCGUUUCCCACAUCACACUUGGGGACCCAAUAUUAGGGAUUCCAAGUAGUGACCCACUCAUCAUUGAUGAGAUAAAAUCAAAACAAGCGAAUCUAAACAUAGAAUUCACGGAAAAUGUUAUUCGCGGUGCAAGCAAAGCUAAAAUUUUGGAUGUGGAGCGUGACGUAGAAAAACAGACAAUCAAAUUGACUUUAAGCCUCCCUCUCCACCUAACUGGCAAAUAUAUUCUGCUCGGAAAGAUUCUCUUCGUUCAAGCAGCUGGCAACGAUACUUAUGAUCUCGAUACCAAAAAUAUGUUAUUCAAUAUCGAAAUUAAAUACAAAACUAUCGAAAAAAACGGCAACAAAUAUUUGAAGAUUACUGAUUUCAACUACACUUAUGAUUUGGUUGAAAAAGUAAACAUCAAAUUUAAUAAUCUCUUUGGCGGCGACGAGUCUAAAGCUAAGCCGAUAAAUGAUGUAUUAAACGAAAGCUGGAAGGAAAUCAUAGAAGAAAUGGGUGGCCCCAUCAUAAAACCUAUCGUAACCUCUUACAGCAAUGUUGUUAAGAAAUGGCUUCUAGCCACACCGCUGAACAAGCUUGAACUUCCCUGA